CUCUCACCCAAAUCCUCAACUCUUGACACUAUGAGCUAUUACUACGGCAACUACUAUGGCGGUCUGGGCUAUGGCCUUGGUGGCCUGGGCUGUGGCUAUGGCUGCGGCUAUGGUGCUGGUUAUGGAGGCUUCGGAUAUGGCUUCUACCGCCCAUGUUGCUAUGGAAGACGCUGGUUCUCUGGCUGCUACUGAGAAGCCUUGCACACAAUCUUGCACACGACGAAGGACUUUCAGCUAAUUUUCCUCUUGCUGAGUCUACCUUCUAGAUAGUUCAUUCCUUUGGUGAAAUAAUGAGGAGCCAACCCUAGAUUAAUGUGAUAGAAUUUCAGAUUCAUCUUGCCAAGACUGGCCUGAUAAGAAUCAUCUGAAUUUGCAAUUCUAAUUUGGGGGAGGAAGGGGAGACUUCAGUUUGGGUAAUGAUUCUCCUUUUGUAUGUAUUUUUUGAGAAUUCUCAUUCCAAACUGUGCUUGUGAG